AUGGCCAAUAACAUGACUGCACUCGAUGAUUAUAAUCGACGAGGCGACAUUGAUAUGGCUAACCGUCUGAACUCUCCAUACCUUUUUCUGGACGCUAUCUAUGACAUCACGGCGAUCACUAGCCGUUCAGAAGACUGCCAAUUACAACGCAACGGGCGAAAGAUCAUCGCACUGACUGAGGUCGCACGUUCCACUCCGAAUCGCAUGGUAGUGAAAUUACACCUGUUCGUCGUUUCUUCAGAGACAUUACUGCCGUACAAGAAGGCGUACUUCAAGUUGCUGCUUGUAAUCAAAAGCCGCAAGCGCGCUUUCCCCUCGGAUACCAUAAUGGACGAACGAAUUACCCGGCUCUUGUUUCCCCUACAUACCAAUUUCGAUGUACGCUUCGUGAAGCAAUCGACAACAUAG